UGCGCAUGCUCAAACCCGCUGCCUGCCAUUUCCUGGAGCACGCCCUACCAACGGCUUUUCGACUCUCGCACUUGUGGUAUCCAGUUUGCUGCGCCUCAGUGGUCCUCUUCUGGCCUGACCUGGGAUGUCUCGCGUGCUGCGGCUCUGCCCUUUUCUUCUCCGCCAUCGCACCGCCAUGUUCUCCAAGCCUGGCCGUCGCCUCACCCACUCAGAAAACUCACACAACCAAGAGCUGUCGCCCACGGAAUCGGCUGUUGGACUUGCGGUGUUUUUUAUGGCCUUCCUUGCCCCAGCUGCGUAUAUGCUGAGCAAUCUGAGCCGUUUCAAAGGAGAUUAGAUGGAAGAUGUUAUUGAGCCAGCACCUCAGGUCCAAAAUGCUUUCAGAAAAAGCCACAGCUCCUUUAAGAUGAGAAAAAGUGCCCAGUUGAACCUGUUACGAACAUUCAGCCCUUAUAACUACAUGUCUGUGGUGUUCUGCAUCCUCCCCAGCCCCGGAUGUGCAUUAUAUGGAUGACAAAAAUAAUCUACUUGAGUGUUCAAUAAAGUGGAAACCCUUGUA